ACCCAAUCGCAACAACAACCAUAAGUACAUAGAUAUACACACACACACACACAUAUAUGUACACGUAUAUAUGUAUUUAUGUAUAAGUAUAUAUAUAUGUGUAUAUAAAUGUGUAUAUAUGUGUUUCAAAAAUAUGAAAAGUAUUUUCAUUGCUCUCGCAACGGAUGUUGUGCUAAAAACAUAUAAAUACAGGCAACGAAAAUAAAUGGAAAUAGAUAAUAGGCAGCACAGGCAGUGUACUAUAUACAUAGAAAAUUGUAUAAAGCAAUAGUAUAAUAACAACGAAAACUGGAACCUAAUAUGGUGGAGUCAUCCAGUUUGGGUAGGACGCUGAACAGUGCGACGACUCAGCCCCUGCCCACUCAAUCAGCAUCUGGUAUGCGCUCUGGCGCACUAGAGACACGAGUACGUGGUUCAUGGUAUCGUGUGCUAGUAACCUUGGAGACUGAUUAUUUAGCUAUCAGUUUAGAUGAACCGUGUGACAAUACGGGAAGCAUUGCAGAUCAAUCUACCACGUUAAAUGGCACGCUUGGGAGUAAUCAUAGCGGACAAAAUGGAUCAUUACCCACAUCGACAUCGAUGCAAGGUAUGCAAGGUGGCGGGCGAGUUAGUAGUGUUUCAAGUGGUGUUAAUAACAGUGUAACUAGCGGUGGUUGUGGCGGAGGUAAUAAUGGUCCAGUGUUAACUACUAACGAGAUGGACGGUAUCGACAAUAGCGAACAUUUUUUAAACAAUAAUAACUCUUCAGACAAUGGCAUGGAUAUGUGCGAUGUACCUGAUCAUGUAGCAAAUCAAAAGAGACAUGUGCGCAUUAUCAAAUCCGAAAACAAUGGUCUCGGCAUAUCCAUUAAAGGUGGACGGGAGAAUCGCAUGCCCAUACUUAUAUCGAAAAUUUUUCGUGGUAUGGCCGCCGAUCAAGCUAAAGGUCUUUACGUAGGCGACGCUAUUUUAAGCGUGAACGGUGAAGAACUCAGGGAAGCUACCCAUGAUGAGGCGGUUCGCGCCCUGAAAAGAGCCGGUCGUGUUGUGGAUUUGGAAGUAAAAUUUUUACGUGAAGUCACACCUUACUUUAGAAAAGCGAGCAUUAUUUCGGAGGUGGGCUGGGAAUUGCAACGGGCUUUUCUAUGUCCCUUGGGUCCGGGAGUGGCCGCUUCACCACCUGCUCCAAAAACAACACCGCGAGCUGAUACACGAUACAUACCUUUGCAAUUAACGCAUUUGGCACGAAAUCUAAAAUAUAUCGAUCCAGAGAAUCGUUGUCUGGAGCUUCAUUCACCAGACGGCGUGCAUUCAUGUAUUUUACGCGCCUCUGACUCAGCGGAAGCUCUAAUUUGGUUCAAUGCUUUGCAUAGUGGCAUGAGCUGCAGCACUCAACGUGCUCUCGUGGAGGCCAAUCGUGCUUUAAUGAAUGUCAUUGGCGAAUUGAAACAUAUUGGCUGGCUGAGCAGACGACUUAAUGGCGGGGGAGGCAGUAGUGGUAGUGUUGGCGGAGGUGGAGGUGGUGGCGGUGGCGGUGGCGGUAGUGGCACUGCUCUUGCUGGCGGUAAUAGUGCUAGUGGGGGUGGUGUUGGCGUUAAUGCUAUCUUAGGCAUUACUACAAGUGCUGGCAGUGCUGGCGAUGUGCCAAGCGGUCGUUCAAGUUCGGAGAGUUCAGAUGAAAACGAUAAAUGGCAACCAAUAUUUGUUGCUGUCACGGAACGAGAACUAAGAAUCUACGAAAGUGCACCAUGGUCGGUAGAGGCUUGGGGACGUCCUUUAGAAAGUUUUGCUUUGGCCACUACUCGACUGGCUGGAGCAGGCAAUAAUUCAUCUUUGACUGGACAACAGUCGACCGUGUUUUGUGUGCGUUGCGGCACAACGCGUGGCGUUUUGGUGUAUUGGCUGCGCUCGGAGACACAUCGUGAUAUGGCGGCUUGGGCUCGCGCUUUAGUGCAGGGCUCUCACAACGCUGUCAAUUAUCAGCGCGAGUUUUCUUUUCGCUGUCUGUAUCAAGGAAGACAGUGCCAACUGGUUGUGCAUUUAAAUCGUGGCUUUUGUUUAUACGAAUGUGGUUAUGCGCCGCCCGCCCAAACCAAAACCCAAUUAUGGCAAUUUCCGUUUGACAAAUUACGUGGCUCAGCUGAUGACGGCAAUCGUAUGCUUUUUCUUGACUUCGGCGACGACGGCGAAAUUGAAUUGGAUAUGGAGUGUUGUCCUAAACCGGUGGUAUUUGUUUUACAUAAUUGUCUAUCGGCAAAAGUUCAUAAUAUUGUUUAAAUUUUUUUUUUGUUUUUCUUUUUUUUAUAAAACGAAAAGGAAAUAUUAGGAAAAAUCUGGAACAA